CACGAAUAUAACAAUCGCUGCGCGCUGUGUCCACAUCCACAUCCACGGUCGAAACCAAAUGAUGAAGACAAUGUGGACCCAGUUCCUCCUUGCUCACUUUCUCCUCCUCAAUUCUUUCACCUUCGCCGAACAUCAUUAUUGGCUGGGAUGGGCAGGUGUAAAACACGAGGAAGCCUCUGUGGGAAGUAUUCAGAUGGCAGCAAGGCCGGGUCCAGUGAGAGUUGGUGAUAAAGAGAACAACGAGGUCCAUGACGAUGUGAUUGAGCCUCCCAGCAUAAUACAGCGCGAGAUCGAGCUGCCUCUGCCCACGCUCAAGCCGCAUCGUGGAGCUCCUAGCCCACGCGGAGCGCAGCGCAGGACAGACUGCAGAGGCUCCCAGCCGUACCCAAGUGAUAAAGAGAACAACGAGGUCCAUGACGAUGUGAUUGAGCCUCCCAGCAUAAUACAGCGCGAGAUCGAGCUGCCUCUGCCCACGCUCAAGCCGCAUCGUGGAGCUCCUAGCCCACGCGGAGCGCAGCGCAGGACAGACUGCAGAGGCUCCCAGCCCUGUCCCAGAACCGAGCGGCACAGCCACGGGCCCUGGCACCAUUUGGAGGUGCACUUCCCGCUGGCACGUCCCAGCGCUGCCAACAUCAGGGAUAUCUGCUUUCACCUCGGGCACAGGACCACCUAUGGCCGGGAAGAUCUGCCAAGCACUGGCUUCAGCCAUUUGCACCGACGAGGGUCCACGAUCAACAGAAUGGAGGCCGGCUUCGCAAAGUGUUGUCAGAAGCAGAGUGAAGCAGACAAGCUGGACUGCACGUUGACAGUGUGGGAGCAUGAACUAAACCAGUUUUGCGAGGAGGAGUUUUCCAUUAAAACUAAGCAUCAUGCUUGCUGUAAGGAGAGAGCCGACAGGCGGUAUGACUGCUUUGCCAGGGACGUGCUGCAUCACAGCUACAGGGGCGCAGGUCCGAGUGGAAGGAAGAGGAACAACAGCGUCGCUCACAGCCACACAGCCGCGGUGGAGAUGAGGUUGCUGGAUAUCGUCUUCCCUCCCGCAGAGCCCAAUCGGCACAACAUCCACAACAUCUGCCAGCUGAGGAAGAUCCGGCCCCGCUACCCACCGAAGAGCCUGCCGCAGUCUGGCUAUGGCACACUGACACGCCAAGCUCGGGCGCUUCAGCAGCUCGAGAUCGGCUACACCAAAUGCUGCAAGCAUGACGACAAGUUGACCUGCGCGCACAAGCAGUGGAAAGAGGCGCUGUCUCAGUACUGUGAGGACGAAUUGUCUGUGAGGACUCAAUACAACCGCUGCUGUUUGAUGCAUCACCACAAACGCUACGUCUGCUUCAGAGACAACGCUCCCUUCCCCAAUUACGACCGUGAGAGGCGGAACAUCAGCCUGACAGAUGUGACGGAAGGUACCAUGCAAACGCUGUGUCAGAAACCCUUCAAACUGCUGACCAAAAUGCCUGUAGCUGCCUUGGUGAGGGGGCUGCAAAAGAACUGCUGCCCUAUCGACGCGCUGGAGGAGAGGGUUCACUGUGGAAACGCAGAGAAACGUUCUUUCUCUGCCCACAUGUGUGGUCUUGCACUUGGAUCCUGGAGAGAUCGGCUGAAGUGCUGCAAAAGGGACACAGAGACUUGCUUUGAUUCUGCUUACCUGAGCAAUGUUUGGGUGGCCACUACAUAUGAGUACUGAGUGCCGUGGGGAUGUGGUGUACCUCAGUCGGUGAUGGCUUCGAGUGAUUCAGAUACAUAACAUGAAAUAUUAAAUGUUUUAAUUUUUCUGA